GAUGUGUGGUUUGGAGCUUGCAACUGGCAUUUAGACCCUCGAUGCCCGCCUGGACCAAGUCCUGAUGCCGAUUUCGGAGAGGCACCAUUGAUGCUUACCAUGUAUCUCAAUAGAAUCAAGCAUGAUCUUGUAGUUGCUGUUCAAAAAAGUGGCUUCGCUUGGGCUUUAGAUCGCAAUAAUGGCAGCCUCGUCUGGUCUAUGAACGCUGGCCCGGGAGGACUAGGUGGAGGAGCAAUGUGGGGAGCUGCCACAGAUGAGAAAAGGAUUUACACAAACAUUGCCAACAGCCAACACAAGAACUUCAGUCUGAGACCAUCCAAGAACACCACAAUUGCGGGCGGAUGGGUGGCAAUGGAUGCUAAAAACGGCAGUGUACUGUGGUCCACAGCCAACCCUAGCAAUGCCACCGCCCCUGGACCGGUUACCGUGGCCAAUGGAGUUGUAUUUGGUGGAUCCACAUACAAACAAGGACCCAUCUAUGCGAUGAAUGCCAAGACAGGAAAAAUAUUGUGGUCAUAUGAUACAGGAGCCACAAUUUAUGGUGGUGUUUCAGUGAGCAAUGGAUGUGUUUAUAUGGGUAAUGGUUAUAAGGUUUUUGUUGGAUAUGUAAAUCCAAACUUUACUAGUGGAUCCUCUGUGUUUGCCUUCUGUGUCUGAUGACACAGCUUGUACAACGUAAUAAAAAAAAAC